AUCGAUAUAUACAAAUAUCGCAAUUUUGCGAAAUACUUAUGGUUUUUUUGUUUUCAAAAUGCAGUCGGAAUACGCGAAUGAUAUACACUUGGAGGCCAUUGAGGUGCUUCUGAAUCACAUUCUGUACGUGCGCGGCAUAUAUCCGGCACAAAUCUUCAAGAAGCGACGAAUCUACAACACACCGGUCUACGUAUCGAUCUAUCCCCCGCUGAAUACAUACCUUGCCGGCGUUCUGCGAUCAGCGCGGGAGCUACUUGCCCGGCGAGAUCUAAAGUGCUUUGAGAUCAUUCUGUAUCACAGCGAAAACCAGCCACUUGAGAGCUAUAUGCUGCAGUUAGAUAUACUGGAGUCGGGGGCCGCCAGGCAGCCAGCGGAGGAUCCGCACCUGAUCGAGUACGAGCAGCAGCUGCGUGUCGCCCUGCACAAGCUGUCGGAGCGCGUCAAGCCGUUGCCGAAGCUUCCCGGCAACUGCCAGUUCAAGGUGCAUCUGCACACAACACAGACGGCCUUUGUCCAAUUCAGCCACGAGGCACAGUACCAGGACUUUCCCUGGCUGCAGGCCGAGACUCCACAACAGAUGGACGCGCGAUCGCCGAAAGUAUGCCUCCUGCCUCUGGCCACAGUCGACAAUGUGGGAUUGAAAAUGCAGGCGCGCAUCUUUGCUUGAGAUGAUUGUUAUUUCCGGUUGAUAAUUGUUUGUAUUAAAUCAAAAUGUUACAUUGAA